AUGACGCCCAUGCAAUUCUUCCCCAAUGUGCCGAAUUCACAAGGCUUCGUCGAUGUUCGCUUGAUCGAACGCAUGUGGAUGGAUCGUUUCAAGUGGCUGAAGAGUGAAGUUGAAGAUGGCAGGGAAGACAUGACAAUCUUCGCUCUCGUUUUGCAUCCAGACACAAGCGGAAUGGCGCACGUAAUAGGAAUGAUCCAGAGAUUCCUGACCUGGAUCAAAUCGUUUGGAGACGAAGUUGAGUUCUGUACCUACGAACAGAUUGCAACUGAAUUUGCAAGGAAAAAUAAAAUCUCGUAA